CGCAUUAUGGUUCUAUCUGCUGAAAUUGCUCACCUAGAACUCGGCCCCUCCAAGAUCAAGAGCUUUGAACUCGCUCUCAUGCGUGAUCUCUUGGGAGCGCCCAUCAAAAUCCAUCAUCUGGAUGCGUUGGUGGGAUUUCGUUUACCCACAAUCUGGCGCUAGAACGUUUUCUGGUGAUGCACUACGAUUCGGUUCUUCACGGCUUCAGGCUUCCUCUUUACUUAUUUAUUCACGAAGUGUGCAGAAAUUGGGAUCUUCUCCCUGAGCAAUUUACGGCCAAUGCACACAAGUACCUAGCGUCUUACAUUCUGCACUGCCGCGAGAAGCUUAGGACCCCUUCUGCGAGAGAUUUCAUGCACUUCUUCAGCCCCGGGGGCGAUUCACCUUUUUUCAGCCUUUACCCCAAUCAGAAAUACGUCCUCUUCACAAAAGUGGAAAUGCGUAUUAAAGGUUGCGAGGACAAGUUCUCUGUGAUUGAAGCUCCUACCGAUCUGCCUUUCGACUUACCAACUAAGCCCCGUAAGAUCAAACUUUGCCGGACCCCCUUCUCUAAGGGUUCCCAGGCAGAGAAGGCCUUCGAAGAGAUGAAGGAUACCGGCCUCAUCGAUCAUGAGUGCCUACAGAAUCCUAAAUUCUUCCGGCAAGUUGGAUUUUACUUCUUGGGCAAUCAUCCCCUUAUCUCAUCUGAUUCUGCCCAAGUUAUCUCCCCUGAAUCUGAUUACCACUCAGCUUUUGCUGAGCGUAUAGCGUUGGUUUCCUUUGCUAAACGCAGAAAGGAGAUGAGUCAAGCUCCCGAGCAUGGACAAGUUGGUCCUCAGGGAGAACAGGAGCACUCGCAGAUGGCGGCCAACAUGCUUCAGUUUCUCCAGCAGAUGGCUGGGGCGUACGUACCACCACCGCCGCCGCCGCCUCCUGUGGUUGUGGUCACGAUUGAGAAGCUGAAGAAGAACGGAGCCAAGGAGUUCCGUGGCGACCAGAUCGCGGAACCCAUGGUCGCGAAGCACAGGCUCGAGCGCGUGAGUCGAGUACUCGGGACCUUACGGGUUCCAGCAGAGCAGAGAGGCGACUUAGCCAUCGCUGUGCUUCAGGAUGCCGCCUACGACUGGUGGAAACGCGUGGGAGCAAACGUCCCAGAGCCGGUGCCGUGGGCAACCUUCGACGAGCUCUUCCGCAAGGAGUACGUGCCCGAGCACUUCAUGGAAGAGAAGCGCGACGAGCAUCCAACGGGUUUAUACUCCUACUUUCGUAAUACUAGUACUUGAGUCAGUCCUAGACUCUCCUUCGCUCAUGGGGUUGGAUCAACACCCAUAUAACAUGUGGUUCGCGUGCUGGAUCAGUCCGCGCUUAUCAUUGGAUUCGAGGUUGGAUCACCAUAAUAACCAAAAAGACCAAACUUUUUCUCAAUCUAUGAUAACCGAUUAAAACCGAACCGAUAUAUGGAAAAACUGAACAAAGCGAAAUAGCUAAAACUGAAUGGUUUCGGUCAGUUAUAUAAAACAGAAAUGCACAAAACAUUAAAAUGCAAAUGAAAUAGGGAAAUUGCU